AUGAAGAUCUCAGUAUGCAGUUCAUUGUUAGUCCUAUUGCUCACAAUCACUUUCCAACUGAACAAGGCAAUUUUUCCGGUUUCAAAAAAUUUUAUCUACUUUGAACGCAUCAAUUGUAGAACGUACGAUGGUAGUAAAGCUUCAGCUGUCCAAUGUCGCGUCAAAUACAUUGACCGAAAUCAUUUAAAAGCAUUUUCAUCUGCAAAUCUAACUGAACCAGUUACAGGACUGUGGCUCCGAGCAGCCGCUUACUACAAAUAUGCCACGUACCAGAGAAUCUCAACUGAAAUAUGGGAAAAUCUAUGCGACUGGAUCGAUGGCAAACGAAGCUCCUUUUUCAUGGACUUUUUGAAAUCGCACAUUUUGCAAUAUUCAAAUUUUAAUCAUUCGUGUCCGUAUUCGGGAUUCGUAUUCGGAAAAGCCGAUAAUGUUUCCGCCCAAGAAUUCGCAUUCCCGGAAAUAAUGCCAGCUGGAAGGUAUCGGGUGGAUAUCAAUGUAACUGAAGGUGGUCGCAAAUCGCUUUUACUUGGUGCUACCGUUUAUUUCUCCGUUUCUGAUCAUCGCAUUGAGAUUGUUUGAUGAUAAAAUUUAAUUCAACGGGUGUACGUUCGGCACAUGUAUCA